AUGUCGAGUAGGAGGGCACCUCUUGCAAGCAAUCCUAAUGCCGCCAAUUCCCCAUACCGGGCGGUGUCGAAGCAGAAGCGGUCCUAUGCCACCAUUCAACGCGAAGAUGCCUAUGGACAGCCUCCACCGGCAAAGAAGCAGAUGCUCGAUAUACAACCGGCAUUAAGAACCCCACCGCGUCACCAGAGCGCUCAGUCUUCAGCAGAGGGUCGGGUCUUUACGAGGCGGUCGAAUGUCGGCCAACAAACAGCCUUCGAACGCAAAUUGGUUGCGGUUCGAGAGAAGCCGGCUCAGCAAUUAGUUGUGAAGGCUGAAAAGAACUCCGAUGAGAAUCUGGAGUCAAUUAGACAAUGGCAGAGGCAUCACAGGAAGAUUUUCCCAAGCUUCGUCUUUUACUUCGAGAGUAUACCAGCGGAUACCCGUGCCAAGUACACCAAGCAAGUAACUGCUCUGGGGGCGCGGGAGGAAAAGUUCUUCUCAAACGCAGUUACCCAUGUUGUAACUACUCGGGCCAUUCCUCCAGAGCAUGUUGUCAGUCCCAUAGAGGCAGCAGGACAGUCGUCGACUACCACUGAAUCCAAUUCUCAAAAUAGCCAGCCGCAAACGAUCAAUCCGUCACUGCUGGACAGGUCAUCUGAAUCUACACAGGCACACUCGGAAUCUUUUGGGACGAGAGGAAAGUUUGCAUUUGAUGCCCAGAUGAGCAGGAAAGUGUCCAAUCAUGGACAUGAUGCAGAAGUUAGACGACAGCAUGCUCGAAAUGCCGAUGUGUUGUAUCGAGCACGAGAACUAGGCAUGAAGAUAUGGGCACUGGAAAAGUUGCAGCGGAUGAUGACAACGAUGUUUGAUACGGACACCGGUUACCAGGCAGUCCAUGGCCAUAAUACAAGAAGUCAUUCAGUCCAAGGAGCAGCAGCAAUCCCUCGAACGACAACCGAGCUUUCGCAGCUUCUCCGAAACGAGAGGAUCAACGGGCCUUCUGAUCGAGAUCUAACAGUAGCCACAAAGGAGAUCACCGUUUUCAAAGGGCCUUUUAUCUAUAUCCAUGAUAUCGAUGAGAAGCAAAAGCCGAUCAUGGUUCGGGAGUAUACCAAGGUUGCCAACAAGGAAGACGGGGAUUGGCCACAAUUCCGUAGCGUGCCUAACGGGAAAUGCCCAUUUGUUGAGGAAGUUGACUACAACCGGCGAGAGGUUGAGCGAGAGAAGGAAUUAAUUCGACGGCAGCAAGAAAAAGAACAGACGAUGGCUCCCAGGACCAGAGCUGCAACUGCUGCAAUGCAGCCUCCAAAAGCAGUCUCCAGCAAGCGGGCAUUGGCGGAAAUAGAGAGUGGCUCAAGGAGAAAUGUCACUGUGUCUACUAACGAAGCCAAUCCAUUCGCUCCGUCGAAGGCCCUGUCGCAUCGAACCGAGCGUGCAUCUUCCUCCCGGGGAAAUCAAAAUGCUUUUGUCAGCCGUGCAGGAGUAGGGCGCCUUUUUGGAGGAGAGCCCGUUGCUUCGGGGUUACAAGCGUCGAACAUUACGUCUGCCAUUCGUUCUCAGAUGAUAUCCUCCACUGCGGCGCAACCGGGAGCCAAAGCUGGGACAACCAAGGAGGUCCAUGGGUUGCAGAGAAAGAUUCUAGAGAAGAAUAGCGGUGGCCCAGGAUCAUAUGGCCUAACAAGCUCCCACCGUAUGACUGAUAUGAAUGCUGUAGUCAGAGAGGAGAUGGGAGGACGCCCCAACAAACGAAAGCAGGGACUUGAAUUAAUUGCGGAAGAUAUAAAUCAAUCCGAGGUUGGGGAUAAUUCGAGGAAAGUUGAAGCUGUUCACCAAGUGAAGGCUGUACAACAAAAAACGAAGAAACGAGAUCUCAAGCCGGGAUAUUGCGAGAAUUGCCUGGACAAGUUUGACGAUUUUGAUGAGCACAUCUUGUCUCGCAAACAUCGCAAGUUCGCUGAGAAGCCGGAGAAUUGGGCCGAGCUUGAUGAUUUAUUGAGAAAGUUAGCUCGGACUCCUCGCCAAGUCGAGUACGACGAUUAUUAA